GCGGCGGGCGGGGACGGGCUUGCCCGGGGACCCCGCGCCGCGGCUUGCGCGGAUUUCACUUUCGCUUCGAGCGGCGGCCGGAGGCGGGGGGCCGUCCCGGAACGAUUGCGGCCGGGCCGCGAGUGAACCCGAAAGCGCGCCAGCGCCGCGGGCCGGACUCCACGUGUCACCGAGAGGCUGAUGUAGAGAGAGACAGAGAGAGAAAGCAAGCGAGGGAGCAGGUCCCGGGAAAGUCCUGCCGCGCCUCGGGGCAAUUAUAAAAAUGUCACCCCCCGGGCCGGGCUCGCCACCACCGCCCUCACCUGCGGCGUCCACCCGUCGGCGUCCCGCGGCCAGUCCAGAGUCGGCGCAGCGCCCGCUCGCCAUGUGCGCCCCGCGCGGCCUCCUCCUUGUGGCCAUCCUGGUCCUCCUAAACCACCUGGACCACCUCAGUUUGGCCAGGAACCUCCCCACAGCCACACCAGGCCCAGGAAUGUUCCAGUGCCUCAACCACUCCCAAAACCUGCUGAGGACCGUCAGCAACACGCUUCAGAAGGCCAGGCAAACCCUAGAAUUCUACUCCUGCACUUCUGAAGAGAUCGAUCAUGAGGAUAUCACAAAAGACAAGAGCAGCACCGUGGCGGCCUGCCUCCCCCUGGAACUCGCCCCGAACGAGAGUUGCCUGGCUUCCAGAGAGAUCUCUUUCAUAACUAAUGGGAGUUGCCUGACCCCCGGAAAGGCCUCUUCUAUGAUGACGCUGUGCCUUAGCAGCAUCUAUGAGGACUUGAAGAUGUACCAGGUGGAGUUCAAGGCCAUGAAUGCCAAGCUGUUGAUGGAUCCUCAGAGGCAGAUCUUUCCGGAUGAGAACAUGCUGACAGCCAUUGACAAGCUGAUGCAGGCCCUGAACUUCAACAGUGAGACUGUGCCACAAAAGCCCUCCCUUGAAGAACUGGAUUUUUAUAAAACUAAAGUCAAGCUCUGCAUCCUUCUUCAUGCCUUCAGAAUCCGUGCAGUGACCAUCAACAGGAUGAUGAGCUAUCUGAAUUCUUCCUAAAGAGCUCAGGUCUCUCCCAGCCUUCGAGUCAUUUUUAUAAAAAUUUGAACCAAAGAAAUUUUAAUAGGAUGUGGGUUAAGACCUGGGGAGGGGCUGGCUUGACUUGGUCCCGCUUAAGCUGGUCCAGAUUCUCAUGCCUGUUUACGUCAGUCACCCCCAAGAUGUGGAGGAUGUGACUGAUAGCCUUUCAAGUAUAUUUCACAUUUACUAUGGAUAAGUUGUUUUUAAGUUUUCAUGAGCAAAUUGCUAAGGAGGGAAAAUGUCCUCAAUGAAUGUGUUUUUCUUUUCCCUUUAAUAGAGGAGCAAGAAUUUAUAAGCUAUUUCUUUACCAAAUUGUUUAUAGAAUCAAACACUCAAGCAUAAUUUAUUUUAAAAUAUUUAUUUAUAUAAUUUUGUGUUCAUGAAAGCAUGUAAACUAACAUAUUUAU